UGAAAGAACGAGUGACAGGAAGUCUGACAGUGACUGUCAGACUGUCGCAGUUUCAGGACACGAACCAGGUGUGAGAGAUGUUGAUCACUGCUGUCAAAGACAAAAGUGUGACUGUGAUCACUGUGGCUGCUGACGAGAAGAGCAUGUUGCCUCCGCUGUGUCAAGUCCCCAAGACUCUUGGCUGCAGUCCGAUGUGCCGCUCAGUCAACAAGACGGUGAUACGGUCCAGUACAGUUUCAGUUCUUGGGACCAUCCAGAUCAUGGUGGGCCUGUUCAACAUCGGACUCGGGCCAGGACGAACAAGUCUACGCCCUGAUGAUUUUGCCAGUUUGGGUGCUGCUUACUGGCUGGGUGGUGUGUUCAUUGCAGUUGGACUCGUGUCCCUCAUUGCCGACCAGUUUCCCACCUUUUUCUUGGUUUUCCUCGCUGCGUUGGUGAAUAUUAUCGGAUCUGCCUUUGCCAUUUUUGCCAUAGUGAUGUAUGUCCAGGACAUGGCCAGUACCACGGUCGCCAGGCUGUGCAGCGAUAACUGGUACAAUGCUGGCAGCAUGCCUAGAGAUGACAGAUGCAUAUAUGUGGCGCAAGGUUACCUGCGUUUGUUGGUAGCCAUGGACAUCACUAUGAUCAUUCUGGCUGUCCAGCAGCUGUUUGUCUGCAUCACCAUCACUGUUUUGGCCGUCAGGGCUCUGAUUCACUGGUGGAAGGACGAGCAGAGCAGCAGAGCUGAUGAAGAUGACGAGCCGCUGUUGAAGGACGUCCUCAUGACCGGUCCUGGUGCCUAAAAUCAAUUCAUCUUUCAAAGAUGUUGGAGUAUGAUGAGCGGCACACCAUUGCAAUCUUUUUUAUCUAUUAGCCUAAAAAAAAUCAAACCGUUUUAAUCACAAAUACACUACAAUUUUAAUAAUUUAGAGAAAAAUCUGUUCUGAAUUUAGUACAGUUGUAACUGGAUAUAUUUUUAAAAUAUUUUAUCAUCUUUUGAUUUAUUCUUUAAUGUGAACUUUCUUAAAUAAAUUUGAAUAAAAUUGUGACCAUAUUUUGAGUUUCUUAGAUGUAAAGAAUCAAUAGUCAUUCACUGGGGAGCAUGGAUGGGUUAUUGAACGGGGCCCAGGGGCCCAGAGUGUCAGGGGUCUCCCUGGCCCUCAUCUGCCAAAUGUUAAAUGUCAAAUUAAAACAUACCGACCAGAAAGAGACUCAAAAUGACCACAAAGAGACUCACAAAACCCAC